AUGUUUCCCCAAGCCGAACUCGAGAACUACAAGCUGCAGGUGGAGCUGCUGCAGGAGAAACUGCAGCGCAGCGAGGAUAAUCGCCAGCAGCUGGAGCACAAGUUGGAUAAAAUCUUGCAGAAGCGCAGUGAGCUCGACAAGUCGGUGCGCCACAAGAGCCGCCAGAAGUACCAGGAGUUCCUGGAGGAGCAGGCCAAACGCAACGAGCGCAACAAGAAACUGGUCCACAUGCUGGAGCGCAUCGACGAGCAAACGGCUGCCAUGUCGCAGCGCAGCGAGCGGCUUAAGAUGAUGAAGCUGCAGUACCAAAUGUACUUUGCGAAAUUGGUGCAGAAUCAAACAUUGCGUUGCAUUCAGCAGACGACGACGACCUCUCCAUCGACGGCUCCAUCCGCCGGCGGUGUGAUACCGGUGCUGGUGCAACAACCGCAGCCGCAGGUGACGGUGACCAAUCCGCAGUCGACGCCACAGAACUGGACGUUUGCCAUGGCCACGCCCACGCAGGCGGGCAUGCUGUUGACGCCCCAGUUUGCCGCAGCAAGUGCUGCAGGUCCGCCCAUGCAGUCCAUGCUGCCAUCCCCCAUGCCGGCUGGCCAUCCUGUUUACUAUCCGGAGCUCUUUGGCGGAACUGCAGCGCCCCUCGGCACCUCGAACCUGUUCGAUUUGCGCGCCACCCUGCGCGCCUUUGAUAAUGAGAAUGCCGAUUUACCGGAGCGCAUGCAGCCCCACUUGACAGGUGAUUAUCAGGCGGAGCUGGGCGGCAGGAGCCAUCCAACAGCGAGCGCAUCAGCAGCAGCAGCAGGAGCAGCAGCAGGAGCAGGAGCAGGUCCUGCGACACCCACAUCGACUUUGUCCAGCCAGGAGAGGGGUGCGCGACAACUGAGCAGCACUUCCUCCACGCUGGCCACAUCCUCGCUGACAUUUGAUAAAUUGCCAAAGACAUCGUCGCCUUCGCUGACGUUAACGGAGCUGCCGACUGCAGGAGCGGCAACUUCUGGCCAGGAUGCGGUUGGGCAACCGCAGAGGGAAGCCGGCGACCUGGAUGGCUGGACAAAUUCACGCGUGACUAAAGUCGAGUAUGAAAAAUCACCAACUGUCGUUGGCCAUAAUGAGCCGCCGGGGCAGCGCCAUCAGCAACAACAGCCAGAACAGAUACCACGCCAGCAGCAAGGAGGCCAGGAGGCACAGCAGCAGCCAUCUCACGACUUCGAAGCAUACUUUGGUGAGCUGAAAAUCGAUGAGUCAACCUGGCGGAAUGGCCAAUCCCCAUCCACAACCACACCCUUAGCCAGCGCCCACGAAGACAAACGCCCCUCGAACGUGCGUUCCAGCGAGCUGGGAUCGGGAACUGUAUCUGGAUUUGGAGUGGGAAUGGGAGCGGGAAUGGGAGUGGGUGCCGGAUCAGCGGUUAGUGGCAAAGUUGGCAUCAGCAACGAUUUGCUGGACGAAGUCAAAGCCAGUCGGGCGGCACUCGAAAGAGCAGCGGCUGCGGUUGAUGAGCAGCUGGCAAGGGGUAAUCAAUUGUCGCCGCCAAGCAGCCAGGACCCCAAAACCGGUGUGUCGAUUGAGAAUAUUGAAAAUGCCAUUUACGGCGAACGGUUGACAGGAGCAGGAGCUGGAGUGGCAGGAGCAGGAGUGGCAGUAGCAGGAGUACCAGCGACAGCAGUAGCAGGACUAGCUGCCACAGCAGGUGAGGCAAUGGCUGCUGUACCAGCCAAGGGAUUUUUGGAGAAUUUGGCAACCAACCCAUCGCCAGAGGAACUUCAGGAGGUGGAGCAGCAACAACAGCAGCUACAGUUGCCACAGCAAGUGGAGCCGGAGUUGUCCGGGUACGGGCAAUACGAUGCCAGCAGUUAUGGCGAUGCCAGUGAGCCCAUCUAUGCCAGCAUCGAUUCCGCCAACCUGCAGCCCAUGCAAAACGCCAAAGUGGAGCCGCUUUACAGCGAAAUCGGAAAUCCCGCAGACUAUCAGCAUCAGUCGUAUGCCACGGAUGCAGGGGCAGUUGCUGCAGAUGUGCCCGCAGCAGCAGUGGCAACCGAAGCUGCCGCCACUACAGUGGAUGCCACCGGUGGUGGCGAGGUGCUGCCGCAGGAGUACACCAAUAUGGAUUACGGCAACUACGAGGCCGAGCAAUAUGCGGCCGGCUAUGAUCCCAAUGCCUAUCCGGGCUAUAUAUACGAUGAGGCGAGCGGCCAGUACAUAGCCGAUCCCAAUGCCACCCAGUAUGCGGCAGAUGGCAGCUACGCUGGCCAGGAGUACGAUGCCAGUGCGGUGCAGAACUAUGACUACAGCGCCUACGAACAGCAGACGGAUCCACAGCAGCAGCAGCAGCAGCAGGAGCAGGAGCAACCUGAGUUGCCAGCACAGGAGCAACUGAUGCAACAGCAGCAGCAGCCGCAGGAAGCCUAUCCAGAAGCAGAAGCCACCCCGGAAGUGGAGGAGAGUCCUGGCGCUCCGGCGGAGCCACCACCAGCAGCGUCGGCCACCAGUAAGCCACUCAAACCCACGUCGAUACUCUCGACGACAGACAAACAAGCGGCGCCUAAUGAUGCGCAGCAGCAGCAGCUGAAGAAGAAGAAGCGCGUUAAUUUCGUUGACAGCAGCGAAACGGAUGAUAGCUCAAGCGCGAAACCGACCCAGGCCGCAAAUCCAGGACCUGCCGCCGCCCCCCAUCCUGCCACGCCCCCAGCCGCGGGCGGCAGCGAGAGUGAUUUCGAUUUUUCAACCGGCAGCGAGGCGAAGAAUUAGAACAACGCUGCAAACAUUGCGAGCUCUAAUUUGUUGCCAUUUGGGUUAACCAACCAGCCCAGCAGCGCCAAGCCACCCGCACCCAAUUCAAUGUGAACGACCGCCUCGAUUUAUUGCCAAUGCAGUGGGCGAAAAAAUUCGGAAAAAUCGCGGAAACCCAGAGAGAGGAAAAUGGAAAAUAAAAGAGAAGAGAAGCGACCAAUACGUGGAAAGUAGUAGUUUGCUGGGGGGAAAAUGGCGAAC